CACUCUGUAACUGCACCUCCAUAGGUCUCACCGGCGGUACAAGUCGCCUGGCCCACCAUCGAAAUGAGGACCUCGAGGAUCUCGAAGGAGACCUCCAAGAUCAUCAAUGCCACAUCCGUCUCCACAACAUCUUGCAGAAGCACACGGUCCUCCCUCUCACGCUUUGCACAUGGCAAUUCUUCGAACAAGAACGAACAUUCGCCCGAACCGUUGCAAGAUACAACAGAUAUCGAAGAUGUUAUUCCUCCAUCACGAAAACGGAAACGAGACCCCACCCCACGAACGCCGAUCAAGCAGUCGCCACACAAGACCGUGACCGUCAAGACCGAAGUCGAGGACAGUGUAACAUUCUCGCCUUCCAAGGAACGCAAGGUCCGCAAACCAGCUCGACAGAUUAAGAAUGAAGAGACUGGCGAAGUCGAGAUCCAUCCUCCCAAUGACUGGGCGGAGGUCUACGCUGUUGUUAAGGAGAUGAGGACUACAGGAGCUGCACAAAAUGCUGCGGUAGACACAAUGGGCUGUGAGAGGUUGGCAGAGGAGAAGGCUAGCCCAAAAGUCAAGAGAUACCAUACGUUGACGGCCUUGAUGCUGUCCUCGCAGACAAAGGACACCACCAAUGCUGUCGCGAUGGGCAGGUUGCAGAAUGAACUGCCGGCAUACAAGGAAGGGGAACCUGUUGGGUUGAACCUGGAGAAUAUUUUGGCAGUGGAUCCGAAGCUCUUGAACGAGUUGAUCUGGGUGGUGGGCUUCCAUAAUAACAAGACGAAAUACAUCAAGGCCACUGCUGAGAUUCUAAGGGAUCAAUGGGACGGCGAUAUUCCGGAUUCUAUUGAAGGCUUGAUGUCUCUUCCUGGGGUCGGCCCGAAGAUGGCAUACCUGUGUAUGAGUACCGCUUGGGGAAGGACGGAGGGAAUAGGUGUCGAUGUGCAUGUACACCGAAUUACGAACCUGUGGGGAUGGCACAAGACGAAAGGACCAGAGGAAACAAGAUUGGCGUUACAGGCGUGGCUACCAAAGGAACUAUGGCACGAGAUAAACUGGUUAUUGGUAGGCUUUGGACAGACUGUUUGUCUUCCGGUUGGUCGGAAGUGUGGAGACUGCGAGUUGGGACUGGAGGGACUUUGCAAAUCUGCUGAGAGAAGCAAGGUCACUCUUGGGAGGAAGACAAAGGAGGAGAAGGUCAAGAAAGAUGAAGAAGGCAUUGUGAUAGAGAAAAGCGAGGUCAUCAAGGUCGAAGAGGUCGUCAACGACAUCCCAGUAAAUGCAGACUCGAAGGCAGAAGUCUUUGUGGAGGGAGUUCUGGAGUUGCUAGUUGAGGAAGGCUUGACGAAGGAGGAAGAAAAGAUGACAUUGGAUGACAUUGCCAACGCCCCUGGACAACUGGAGAAGUCUUCAAAGCGUAAAAGCAAAAGAUGAUGGUUUGGCCAUCGUAUAUCAGGCAUAUUGUAAUAUUAAUGUUGGUUGGUUGUUCUCUGUAUGUACAGUACCUUCUUCCUUGGCACAAUUUCAAGCUUUCACUUUCUCCAACUGAAAGUAUUCAG